CGGCGUGCUCAUUCCGUAGCAGACUAUUGCAUCGACCGGACGCGCGUGAUCGAGAACUUUGUUGAAAAGGCAGUACAUUAAACUACUGUAAAAAAAAAACAAAAAAAAAAAAAAUAGAAAAGUACAACAGCCACCCGUGAAAGCACACGACGUGUAUGCUGUUUUCCAGUCAACACAGUAGCAACAGCAACUGGGAGGAUCGGUUAGCAGCAAUACCGGCAGCACAAUACCAGUGAUAAGUCAUUGUUAUCGUCGAAGACAGCUAACGUUCUAUUCAAUUCGAAAAAUCCAAUCGGAACGAACGUUGCGAAUUUCAAAUCGGAUCAAUUCCAAGCAGAGACGUAAUUUGGGAAAAAAUUGGAUUCAGUUCGCGACAAAACGUUUCAUCGAGAAUAACAAAGCAAUUUGCACGCGUAAAUUUCUGUUAACUGAAAAAAAAAAAAAAGAAAGAAAACGAUCCUACACCGGUGAAGCGAGAGAGCAAAGUGGUUCGACGAAAUCUUUUGGAAAAAAACUGUCGACGUUCACAGAGGCCUGGGAGCCGUCCGGUUUGAACUUUCCAGAAAAACAGAGCGACAAAGACAGCGGCUAGGUAUAGAGCAAGGUGAGAGAAAAAGAAAGCGACUUGCCGCGGAAUAGAGAGAAAAAGUGUGUGCUCGGUCACAAAGUGAGUGCCGGCUAUCGAGAUGGCGUUUAUGAUGCCCGUUAUGAAAAACGAGUGGGACAUUUAUAAGACCAACCGCAGUCGGCGAUCAUCCGAGUGUUCUAACCCUCAGGGCUGUCGCAGUAGAAAGGUGUCGGAAUGUUCAAAAUCCGAAGGGCCAUCGUUGUCUACUUCGCCUGGAUCGGACUUUCUGACGUCGCCGGCUCAUCGUUCGGUACCCCUCACCUCUCGACAUUUCUCAAGAACAUCCUCGAGGGCAUCUCAGAACUCAUUGCAGAGCCCAAGCAAGAGUACCGGCUCGUCCCCGCCGAAAACCGGCAGUUCUAACUCCUUGAAUAAAUUCCACAAUCGAUUAGUGGACAAGCUGAAAAGGUCGAUAAAGAAGGCUGACGAUACCGCGGAAGAUCAACGAAAUUUAUCGUGAAACAGUCAAGGGGUUUUGGGCCGGCCACCGAUUCCCGGCUCAAAACCAAUCGAGAUCCGACGUACUUCAGCACCCGUUACCACGUCCGCGACGAUUUACGAGGGGGUGGCACGAUCCUGUCCGGAUUCGUCGCCUUCGGCGUGGUGAAGCAAAAUAAAAAAAAAAAACAACAAUAAAAAUGACAACGAUAGCAACGGCAACAGGAUCGGACAAACGAGAUGAAAAAGUUUCCCGCGAUUUAUUUAUUGACGACAAAGAUAAUGAUCGAUUGCUGUGUCUAACCAUGCUUGGAGACAUAACGCUAACGCAAAGGAGCGAAGAAAGUUGCGCGGCCUUCUAUUAAAAUAUCAAGAUCGAGGACAGUGUUCCUUUGAAAGAAAAAUCGAACUAAGGUUGAACAGAGCACGACCCUACAAUUGAAGAUGUCGUAAUCAAUGGCUGACAUUCCACCAGCUAAAUCUCCGUAUCUUUGACAAGCAGAAAAACGGAGUGAUUAAGCGAGGUGUAACUCGUGUCGAAGUCAAAGGAGUUCCUGUAAAGGUUCUCGCAUACGACAACCGGAAACGCUUGUAUUCAUCGUUAAGAUUACUCGCUGUCUCCAAAGGGAAUAUACGUGCGUAUGCGCAAAAACUGCCAAGGCGUAAAUGCGCAUUACGUGUAUACGUAUAACAUAGGUGAGCUAGUAAAAGAACGGAGCCUAAGAAAAGACUUACUUAUUUUAAUCGUAUAUUCUUCGAGCGACCUGUACUUAUACGCGUGAAUAUUUAUUUGAAGUUUUCGUUGAACUUUAUCUCGUGUAAAAUUCAAAGAAUUUUAACACGCGAGCAAAUAUUUUGUCUUUGAAACGAUACUCUUUUUUACUUUUCAUCUUUUUUUUUUUUUUGUGCUCUCGUGCGAAAAUUGCUCGUUUCGAAUUUCCUCCCCCGAUUAAUUCAUAUUUCUUACGGUAUCGUUUCGAAAUAAAUUUAUUUGCAAUGGAUACGAGACGCUUUUCUCCUAGAUUAUAUCGCGAAAGGUAUAUUUUUUUUAAACAAAUCCUCGUAGUUUGUAUCGAAGUGUAUUAUAGCGAUUUCCCUCUAUCCUGCGCCGAGAUACUAGAUUUUUGCUGUUUUGAUUAGUCGUUACGAAAUUUUUUUUUAUACUAUGUAUAAUAAUUAGUUCCGUCGGGAUAAGCGAUCUGUUAAUCUGUUGUACGUUGAGUAAUCUUUUUAACAAAUAAACCUGAUAGAAAAACGAAAAUGUCCUCGGCAAUUGGACGCAGAACGACGUCUUUCAAAGACAUCGAACAAAAGCGUAGAGACGCCUUACGUGCAGUUCUCUGCAGGUAAAAAAUUAACGUUUCCCUGUCCUCUUUCCUCUUUUUUCCUUUCCUUUUGUUAAAUAUUGUCACACGCGAUAAAAAGUAGCAAAGAAAAGUAUGAUUCGAUUGUCCUACUUUUUCCAACGAUAGAAUUUCAUCGAUAAUAUAAUUCGAUUGAUUGCAGCCAAAUUCGAUAGUAUUAAAUCCGCAUAAAAUGGUAGUUCGUAUUUUUAAAGAAAGUGUAGCAUAGUGACAUCGUCUGCGUCCAUCUAUUACCGCAAUUUUAAAUUUUACAAUAAGACAAUUACGCGCUUUCCUUAUCGUUUUGCGAAAUUACGAAGUGGGAGCAAUUAUAUACGAUACCGCGUGUAACUCUGUGAUACUGUAAGCUAUAAGGUAGAAUUAUUUUGCAACGAGCAUAUAAAA